AUGCUGCGCGGCUCGGUGGUAUUCCGUGGCAAGGAGGGGGAGUGCCCCCGAUCACACCUGAGGCAAUUCCACGAGCUCAUCGAUGGGAUCAAGAUCAAUGCGGUGCCCGUCGAUGCAAUCCAGCUGAGGUACUUCCCAUUUACUCUGGAGGGGCAAGCCAAGGAGUGGUUGGACACUCGACCUCCAGGCUCGAUCACCACGUUCGCCAACCUGGAGGACAAGUUCCUCACCCGCUACCAUCCUCCGUCCAAGACGGCGGACCUGUAG